CGCACGGCGGACGAGUCAGAUCUCAAACGCAUUUUGGUCAGUCGCAGUUUGUCGAGAGCUCUUCAUCUUCAAUUUUUAGUCUAUAUUGAAACAGCAUUUAUUUCUCCUUUAAAUGAUGUGGCUGAUUCUUUUGACGGUCUGCAUAAUCGCUGGCGUCAACAGCGCGGCCAAAUCAAACUCUCCUUUUGAUGAAAUACCCGAGCUGCUUAACUACGGAGAGCAACUCUCCAUUCCUGAGGAUGACCUGAUUGUGCUCAUGGGUUCCAGUGGAGUGGACAAAGGAACCUUGAUCAAAUUUGUCAUUCAGGACGAGACACUUAAAGUGCGCCGGCGGGGCAGCAGACUCGUUUUCGAAAGCGGCCGCAACGUCAACCGGACGCAAUUUCAAGACGUGCUGCCCCAUUUCUAUCGGGACAAAGCCACCGGACACGUUUUGGUUGAUGUUCCUGGCUUCAGCGAGUCGCGAGAACCAAAAGCGGACAUUUCAAAUGCCUAUUUCACCAAACGCGUUUUACAACAAGCGAAAAAUUUGAAAUUGAUCUUUGUUGAAAACCACGUUAACUUGAUGGAAGGUGCGGAUUUUGCUAGUCUGUCUAAAUUACUCAGACGUGCUGCAAAACAGGUACCGGAUAUAAAACAGUUCAGUGAUUCGGUUGGUUUGGUAGUUGCGAAAGUGCACGACCAAAACUUGGAUGACGCUGAUAUUUUGGGCGAAGUCCUUAAUCAAUUAACAGCCAUGAAAGAAGAGUUAAAUUCUCAACUGGAGGACCAGAUCGAAGCCUCAGCAGAGCACAAUGAAAUUUCAGGAAUGUUGGAUGUCCUGGACGCAAUUUACGCAAAUGGAACGGCGGAGAACAUUGCUCUUUUCCGUCGGCCAGACCAGGAGGGUUCGCCGUGGGCCUCUAGUUUGAUGACCAAAAGCCAAAGAGAAUUGCGCGUCCUGUUUUUCGGCAGUUUGAAAUUUUCACUUAAUGGUUUUGAAUUUCCUUAUUCUGUUUUGCAUAGAAGCCGAGAUUACAUAACAAAUAAUUUGAUCCCAAAAAACAAUCAAAUGACGUCACGCUAUUUUAAAAAGAUCUUGAAAGAGUUCCACGGAUGUGUUGAAAAUGAGGCCAAGGCGAAGUUCGUAGUGCUUGAAAAAGUAAAUUUAUUUUCAAAAGUUUCGGCAAAUUUAGAUAUUUUGUUAAACCGCAGUGACAUAUUUGAUAAUUUAGAAAAAAUAGUUGCUUUGAAAGAAAACCUGGCCACUGUCUGCGCUGCUUGGAAAAAUAUUGAUCUUUCUAUUUUAAAUAAUUUAUUAAAAACUACCAAACUUUCAUACGAUCUGGCUGGAUCGGAUGUUUCUGGUUUUUUGAAGGAGGUGAAAGAUAUUGUGACAGAAGAGGCCAAAAGUUUCAAAGAUAUUUUCAACUUUUAUAUAUUUUUGGAAAGCUUAAAUCGGGAGCUUAAGUCAUACGCGGUGCAAGUAAUUAGGAAGGCGGCGUUCAUCGAACUCACUGCGGCCAACUACAAAGAAUUCAUUUUUAAUCUUUCAAAAUUCAACAUUAAAGUGGAGAAAAAGUCAAAGGUAAUUGCAAUGGAACCGACAAAAAUGAUGUUCUCCGAUCUGAACAUCGUUCUGGACCAAAAUCUAAACCACACAACACGGCGCUCUUUCAAUAAUUUUGGCCAGGAGCUAAUUUUCGAGGGCAGGAAUUUGAUUUUGUCCGAAAUCGUGUCAGAAAUGUUGAAAUACCAAAAUCUGGAGAAUGUUUAUCUCUUUGCUUACAGAACGAUUUUCAUUGAUUGCAAUUUAACCCUGAUCGACGCGAAUAUCUCAAUGGCCGCGCCUAUCAUUGAAAUAAUUGGUGAAAAUAUUGUCUUCCAACUCAACGGGUCCGAUGCAAAAAACGAAAUCAAUAAAACCAAGAGUCGUGGACGAGAUGGACUACCUGGCGAAGACGGACGUAGUGCAGGCAAUACCCUGAUUUUGGCUUUGGAAUUGAGAGGAGCUGAAAAACUAACCAUUCGGAGUCGGGGAGGAAAUGGUGCCAACGGUCAGGAUGGGGUGAACGGGUUAAAAGGCAUCAGCAGCCCCCAACCCCAUUUUGACGAGUUUUACCCUGAGUUUGUAAAUGGAAUUCCAAAUUGGGAAUUCAUCAAGAAUCACGGAUACAAUAUUGAACACCCUGACAAGGACACUAUAGUUUUGGUGAAUCGCCAAGGGGCAAAAGCGCCAACCAGCGGAGGCCACGGCGGCGCCGGAGGGAAAGCUGGAGCCGCAGGAGGAAAUUUUGUUCUUGUCCAAAAGGAGGACGAUUCUAAUAAUCCUGUAAUUGAAAUGAAUGAUGGUGUUCCAGGAAAGCAUGGGAAGGGUGGAAUUGGCGGAAGUGGUCAUCAAACCUGCGCUAAGAACGUGUACUCCGGCAUGUGCAAGACGAAAAACUGCGAAGUGAAAUUUUUAUCGACCUUCAGCAGAUGCAAGUGCAAAUUUCAGUCGGUUCAAUAUUGUGACAAGGAGGCAGACGCUAAGGACGGACUAGAAGGACACGUAAAAAAUAAUUCACAGCAGACAAAACGCACGGUGGACUGGGUUGAUUUUGCUAGAAAAUUUAAUAGUUCUAUUCUGUUCGACAAAAAUUUAGUUGGAACUGAAGAUCAAGAAAGUGCAAGCAAAUUUAUUUUGUAUGCUCAAAUUGUAAUGAAAACUGCCAUGCAAAUUUUUAGAGGAUUUAAUAUGGAUUGAAAUUUCAAUUGCGAGUUAAAACGAUACGUAUUUUCAUUAUUCUACUCAAAUAAGUAUUUUAUCGGGUUAAUAUAAAUGUUAUGAUUUAAUUUAUAUAAAUAAAAUUUAACUUGUAUUAA